UUGUUGCCCUUCUGUCCUAAUGUGUUACGUUGUAUCAGUUGUGGGCUUUUUACAACUCCGCUUGGGGCCCUUAGAAAGGUCAUGAUUCUAGGAUGAGGUAAUCUGCGGGUAAGCUCAUCUGUAGAGGUACGACUUUGCCCACACUCCUUUUCUCCCUCGUUGCUCCAGAGUCUCCAUUUUCGGUGCUUGCACCUUUUUACUCUCAGAUUUUUUUUUUUGUAUGAAUGAAUGAAUGGUAUAACGUUGAUUGGUGUGUUCUUUUCAGUAGAGCAACUUGUUUACCUUUAGGAAUUAAUAAACUGCCCCGACAGUCGUGUCCGGCAACCGGUCAUAGUUAAUAAAUGGUUAAACGCUGUUCAUUCGUCGGAGGAGUGACGCCAGCUGUUCCGGGGGACUGUAGCCAGCUUACUCACUGCCACCACUCCCCUGCCUCCCACUUACUGCUUCCAAACCAGGCCCCUGCUCCCUGCCGUCACUCCCACUGUUGCUGCCUGGUGUAGCAGCUGCCCUGAUUGGCACACCCCCGCUGCCAUCACCACUGAGGCAUAUUCCUAAAGCUUCCAGUGUGAAUUGUUUGAAGGAGCACCAGUAUCAAAAUCCAGAUACCGGAGACAAAACAGUGUUUCAGUUCUUCAAAAUCAGACCAUCAACAAUCAACAAAUUUACUACUUAAUACCUUUUCCAUGGAGUGGUUGGAAGAACAAUGCAUGUGAGUCUUUGACACCAUGAUAUCCAUCAGGCAAAGAAAAGGAAUACAAACCACAGAAGUUUCAGAGGAUUACGUGGCACAAGAAGAAAAUGUGAAGUUGGAAAAUAAAUUGUCAUCUAGUUGUACCAAUAGAAGAUUAUGGACGAUUCUUUCAUUUACAAUUGGUGGAACUGUUGCCCUUUGCACUGGACUUCUUACAUCUGUCUACCUGGCCACUUUACAUGAGAAUGAUUUGUGGUUUUCUAAUAUUAAGGAAGUGGAGCGAGAAAUCUCAUUCAGAACAGAAUGUGGACUGUAUUACUCCUACUACAAGCAGAUGCUGCAGGCUCCAACCCUCAUGCAAGGAUGUAGCCUACUAGGAAUUUACAGUCAUAUUCCUCUAUUCCCAAGAACACUGGAAAGAGUUUUUUUAUGUGACCAAGCUACCAACUCAUUCUGGAGGCCAGAAGUCUACGAUCAAGGUUUUCAUGGCUUAAUAUAUGAUAACAAAACCGAAUCUAUGAGGACAAUUAACCUCCUUCAACGAAUGAAUAUUUACCAAGAGGUUUUUCUCAGUAUUUUAUAUAGAGUCCUACCCAUACAGAAAUAUAUAGAGCCAGUUUAUUUUUAUAUUUACACCUUAUUUGGACUCCAAGCAAUUUAUGUCACAGCUCUUUACAUAACCAGCUGGCUCCUGAGUGGUACGUGGCUGUCAGGACUCUUAGCAGCUUUCUGGUAUGUCACAAAUAGAAUAGAUACCACAAGGGUUGAGUUUACCAUCCCACUGAGAGAGAAUUGGGCGCUGCCAUUCUUUGCAAUUCAGAUAGCAGCAAUUACAUAUUUCCUGAGACCAAACUUACAGCCCCUUUCUCAAAGGCUGACACUUCUUGCCAUUUUCAUAUCAACUUUUCUCUUUAGUCUAACAUGGCAAUUUAAUCAAUUUAUGAUGCUGAUGCAAGCAUUAGUGCUGUUCAUACUGGACUCCUUGGACAUGCUGCCAGCAGUGAAGGUGACAUGGCUGUAUGGUAUACAGCUAACAGGUUUACUCCUUGUCUGCAUUCUUCAGUUUUUUAAUUCCAUGAUUCUCGGAUCAUUGCUUAUCAGUUUUAACCUUUCGGUGUUAAUUGCAAGAAAACUUCAGAAAAACCUGAAAACUGGAAGCUUCCUUAAUAGGCUUGGGAAACUGUUGUUACAUUCAUUUGUGGUUUUAUGUUUGACACUUUUUCUCAACAACAUUAUUAAGAAAAUUCUUAACCUCAAGUCAGACGAACACAUAUUUAAAUUUCUGAAGGCAAAAUUUGGAUUUGGAGCAACAAGAGAUUUUGAUGCAAACCUGUAUUUGUGUGAAGAAGCAUUUGGCCUUCUGCCUUUUAAUACAUUUGAAAGGCUUUCAGAUACUCUGCUUUUUUAUGCUUAUAUAUUUGUUCUGUCCAUCACAGUGAUUGCAGCAUUAGCUGUUGCCUUCCGUAAUCUCAGUGAUUCUACAAAUCAGCAAUCCAUGUAUAAAAUGGGAGAGUACAGAAUCGGCCUGAAACCAGAAACUGCCUACAAUUUAAUACAUACGAUUCUGUUUGGAUUCUUGGCAUUGAGUACAAUGAGAAUGAAGUACCUCUGGACAUCACAUAUGUGUGUGUUUGCAUCAUUUGGCUUAUGCAGCCCUGAAAUAUGGGAGUUACUUCUGAAGUUGAUCCAUCUUUAUAACCCAAAGAGGAUAUGUAUAAUGCGAUAUUCAAUACCGAUAUUAAUACUGCUGUAUCUGUGCUAUAAGUUCUGGCCAGGAAUGAUGGAUGAGCUCUCCGAGUUGAGAGAAUUCUAUGAUCCAGAUACAGUGGAGCUGAUGAACUGGAUUAACUCUAAAACUCCGAGGAAGGCUGUGUUUGCUGGAAGCAUGCAGUUACUGGCCGGCGUCAAGCUGUGCACGGGAAGGACCUUAACCAACCACCCACACUACGAGGACAACAGCCUGAGAGAGCGAACCAAAGCGGUCUAUCAGAUAUAUGCAAAGAGAGCCCCAGAGGAAGUGCACGCCCUGCUAAGGUCCUUUGGCACCGACUACGUGAUCCUGGAAGACAGCAUCUGCUAUGAGCGCAGGCACCGCCGGGGCUGCCGGCUGCGGGACCUGCUGGACAUCGCCAACGGACAUAUGAUGGAUGGCCCAGGAAAGAAUGAUCCAGAUUUGAAACUUGCAGGCCACCCUCGCUUUUGCGAAGAGAUAAAAAGAAACCUGCCCCCCUACACAGCAUACUUCACUCGAGUGUUUCAGAACAAAACAUUCCACGUUUACAAGCUAUCCAGAAACAAGUAACAGAGCUUUCUAUUUAAUCUCUAUUUUUGAUAUGUGAAACUCCAUCAUAAUGAAACUCAAUAGAUAAUGUUUCAAAUGUAAUUAGGUAACCGGUACCUUAAAGCUGUGAUAUGAUUAAGUCUACAAAUGUUUACACAAGCGUUACCAUCUUUGAAAGUAUCUUAUACAUGCUUCAGUCUUUGUCUUGUUCCAUUAAUGUUCUUUAGCCUAAAUGUUUUCAACUUUCUAAAAGUGAUCUAGAAUUUUGUUGUUGGGGAGAACAGUUAAGUGUUCCAUAGGUAGCCUGAACAGCUGCAUAUCAUGUUGGAAAUCUAGAGCCUGUGUCAAGAUUUGAAAUACUUCUAAUUUUUAAUUGACUUACAACAGCUAUAGUUGAAUUGAAUUGAGGGGAUACAUAAUUAAAUUAUUUAAUAUUUUUUCACUAGUGAAGACCAACUGGUGGCUUUUUUAAAAAAAGCUCUCUAUUGUCCUGUUUCACCUAAAAAUUUUAUAAUGUUUUUAAUUUGUCAUGCUUUGAAUAUUUUUUUAAAAAUCAUGUUAAGUCUUCAUAUGUAUCUAAAAUUUUUUGUUGUGCUCCAUCUGAAAUGUAAUGUGUAGCACUUCAGUAGUAUGUGUCAGUGUGUGUAUGUGUGUACACGGGCAUGUGCAUGAAUGUUUUAAUGCUGGGCACAGAAAAGUGUUACAAGUUCCAUAUUGUAAGUCCUUAAAGCAGCAGAAAUGUUAUGUAGCUGAGUAGAAUUUGUUACUGUAUAGUGUUACUAUUUUAAAACCUGUUGAUACUAUUUAAUCUAUCCUGCAAGUAAGAAAAUUCUUCUUCAUUUCUUACUCAUUCAGAUUUACUGGGUUUGCAAAAUUUUGUAAACUCUUUGUUUUUAGCCUUUGUAUUUUUUACAGCCUAGAACCUUGCAAAGUCUUACUAUUUUUAAAAUGUUGUAUCUUAACUAACUCACUACUAUGAUAUUUUUGGCAGAGAGCAUUUUCAUACCAAGUUUGAUUUGUGGUCUCCAAUCUUACUGUGAGGGCCCUUGAUAGGUGGUUCUUUUUCUUACUCAAAGGUAACCAAGUGCCUCUAAGUCAUGCUUAUUUGUAAACAACGAAGAGGAUUAUGUGUACCUUGUACCUGCUCAAAAAUUUUUUGAUAAUUGCUUUUGUAAUUAAUUUCUAAUGAUAGGGACAUGUAAAAGUUACUGAUAAAAGCAUAUUGUGUAUUUAAUUAAAUCAAGAUGGCUAAUGAAAUUAACUUUCACCUCUCAUGCCAGUUGGAAAUGAUUUAAAUAUUUCUCCUUGCAAUUGUGUUGAAGUAAAUCACUGUAGACAUGAAGAUGGAUAUGUCACAUGUUCAAAUGAUUUUCUCUUCAGCUACUACUUAAGCGGUAUUCAAAAAGAAAUUUUACACUACCAUGUUGGGUUCAAGGAAGGAUACUUGGCUUUUAUCAAAACUUAUUUAAAUAAAAAAUUGACAGUAGCUGGGUUAUUAAAUUAUGCAACUGAAACUCCUGAAUUAUAUCUUUCUUGUAUCCCUUAAUAAGGUUGGAGACCACUGCAGUUUAGGAUAAUACAAUAAUAAAACAUUUUAAUCAGUACUGAAACUUUAAUUAAGCCAGUAAUGAUGCAUGCCUGUUGCAGCUGACAGCAUGGGUCAGUCCAUCCUUCAGUGAGUGCCUUACUCUAAUUGAAACCAAGCACAUGUAAGGUACAACGUGUUCGACUAUCUAGUUACGUUUUUAAAACCCUCUAUUACCUUCUCAGAAAUAUUUCAAUUUAUUUUAAAUAUUCCUGUAUUAUUAAUCUAUGCAUUUGGGUAUUUGGAGUUUCAGUAUACAAGAAACAUGUACUUAAAUUUUUAUGCUUAUCAUCACCACAUUGAUCACAUACAGUAAUCCUUUUUUCACAGUUUAGGUGCCAUUUGUUGCCAAAACACUUAGUGUUCAGUCUUUAGUGAAAAAUAUAAAGUGCCAAAAAUUCUUGCAAGACAGAAUCCAUACAUACACUCUUUCCAGAACACUGUGACCAUGUAUAGUUGACAUUUUUAUUUCCUGAUGACCAAAUCUCUUAAUGAAUCAUGUGAAAUAUUUUUAGUGCUCCUCAGUCUUCUCUUUUAUGACCUUCUCAUUGGAGUACAUGGGAGGAAAGAGAGGAAAAGCGGCUGACCCUGGCUCUCUAAGCUCCCUGCCACACGAUCUCAGUGGCUGUGCUAAUGUUUGGUAAUAUCCUCAAAUUACGGCUGUAUUUUAUGGGUAGAAAGACCACUUGAUUUUGCUUCAGAGCUAGCAUUCAAAAGAACCUCUAAGUACAGUAAGUGCUCUUAAUUAACCUUUACUUACGUGACUCACCGGGUCCCUUCACAGUCUCCAUCCCUCUUGUAAGCUGACUUCGGCCCAGCACCAGUGAGGGCUGCUCCCUGGCACUCUCAGGCCUCUGCUCUCUCCUUUGAGUUCUCUGCCUGCGCCAACCUUGUCUGCAUGCUCUACUUCCAGCUGUAAAUACACGAUUCAACAUAAACCCAGGAAAUUUUGCUCUAAAAUGGAAGGGUUAUUUCUGCAAAAAUUAGCUUGAAUGCUUUGGUAAGAUUUGAUAACAGUUGCCAUUAAUAAAAAUUACUUUUAAAUUAAUUGUGGUUGGGAAAAUUAUAAAAUAUUGGGAUAACUUAAAAUUCAAGAAAAUUUCUGAGCUUAGAUUGCUUCACAGAUUUAUUUAUUUUAGUCCUCAUUUCACCUUAAAAAAAAAUCUAGACUGAUCAGAAGGUAUUAAAAAGUACCCAAAUCAGGGCUUCCCUGGUGGCGCAGUGGUUGAGAGUCCGCCUGCCGAUGCAGGGGACACGGGUUCGUGCCCUGGUCCGGGAACAUCGCACAUGCCGCGG